AUGUCUCGUGAAUUAGAACGGAAUCAAGAAGCGACAUGCUACGUGGGCAAUCUUGACGACCGGGUCACCGAUCCACUUUUGUGGGAACUUAUGUAUCAGGCAGGGCCUUUGGCGCACAUUUUCAUGCCGAAGGACCGCGUGACGCAAUUGCACCAAGGUUUUGCAUUUGCAGAGUAUCACACGCCAGCAGAUGCGGAGUAUGCAACAGCCAUUCUUAAUGGCAUCAAAAUGUUUGGCAAGCCUAUUCGUGUCAACAUUGCAAGUGGUGGGGAUACAAAGCAGCAGUUGGAUAUUGGGGCCAAUCUUUUUGUGGGAAACUUGGACCCCGAAGUGAAAGAGCGCACUUUGUACGACACGUUCAGUGCAUUUGGCAAUAUUUUGGGUUACCCAAAAAUUGCGCGCGAUCCGACUACCAACGAGUCGAAGGGUUACGGUUUUGUGUCUUUUGAUGCGUUUGACGUUUCCGACGCUGCAAUUGAGGCGUUAAACAACCAGUUUUUAAUGAACCGACCGAUGACGGUCAUGUAUGCGCUCAAACAAGAUACGAAACACGGCGAGCGUCAUGACGACACCAUCGUACGGCCGGAUCCACUUCCGUGGUACUUAAUCCUGACUGGCUGGACAUGCGAAUCGAAUUGCGAAUACCACUGCACACACAGGAUUACGAACGAGGCGCGCAAGCGUGUCCAUGAUAUCCAUGAGUCCGUAUGGGCGGCGUUGCGCAUAGAACAAGAACAGUUGGCGGAGACACACCUCCGCUGGCAAGCGCAGAAGUCGUACGAGAAGCAAGCGGAAGAAUUUGGUGAGUACUGCGGGGACGCUGCCUAUAUGAACAGCGAUGGCGUAUGUAUUGCACGCAUAUUUCAUGCACCACCGCCUUUAAAAUCAGAGUAUGAGCUGCGCAUCCUUGCCGAAGCAACGAUCCGCGCAGCGCUAGCAAGACUCUCAGUGCCGGAACGGCGGCCUGUGCAGUACUAUGGAAAAUGGGCACAGAUUCGUAUUUUGGGUAUGCAGGAGCCACUGUCUGUGUUGUUCUCAUUGAUGAACUUGGGAGUGCAAGUGUAUGGCGCGAGACUCAUUGUUGAGCAUGUUCCUGAUACCUUUCCCAUUAAGUCUUUGUACCUCUUGCAUACAUACCUUGCAUCCACCGCAUGGGUUGCCAGCGCCAUUUUUCAUACGCGCGAUGCUUGGUGGACAGAACGACUUGACUACUUUUGCGCUGCAGCCAUGCUGCUCUCGGGCCUUUUCUUCAGUGUUUGCCGCGUCUACUUUAUCCAGCCGGGUUCGGACUUGUACCGGCGAUGGAUGUGCGGAUGUCUGGUUGCCUAUGGCUUGCACGUCUUUUACCUAAUGCUCCACAAGCGCCUAGAUUACUCGUACAAUAUGGUUGCUUGUCUUGCGGUCGGUGUAGCGCAUAACCUGGUAUGGCUGGCCGCUGCGCUUGCCCCCAGAAUGGUCAAUCUUGUUUUUUCACAGCUACGAGGCAUGGUUGGAUCCGUGCAUGUGGUACACGAGGUAAAGGAACAAAGAUUGCGCCUGAAAAAUCUGGCGUUAUGGAAUGCUUCCGCCAUAGCACGGACACCGCGCACGUUUGACUUGGUGCCCCAGCAGCGAAGCAGGCUCGUAUCCUUGGCUUUGCUCAUGUUUGUUGCGCCUGCCCUGGAGCUGUUUGAUUUCCCCCCCGUGCUUCGGAUACUCGAUGCGCAUGCUCUUUGGCAUCUCUCCACGGUGCCGAUUUCCAUCGUAUGGUACCAAUGGCUUGUCAUGGACGCACGGACAUGCGUCACAUCCUACAGCUGGAGUUUGGAUGCGCAUUAUGAUAUGGCCACGGAUGUGGACGAAUUGCGUAGCAGCACAGAUGCCGAGCUGCCCUCGACCGCAUAUGCCAAGGCCCCCCAGCUGCUUGAGACAGCCAUAACGGCCGCAUCCAAUGUGCAACACACGUCUAAUUUUCUCAGCAACAGCACCCAACAUCUGCUUCGGACACUAACUCUAUGGGGCCGCAGCGUGAUGCGAAUUUUGCAUUCAAUGCUCGUCGCACCGCAAUAA